CCUUGCCUUACUCGGCACCUACUAUCUAUCCUUUGUACCCCGAUGGACACUCCCUCCCGCGCUCCUGCUCCGCCUUCGCUCAACCUUGGGCCCGUCAGGGCCGUCGCCAGUCCCCUCGAGGGCAGCCCUCAGUCGGCAGACAGCGUGACACCUGGUCCAUUCUCAAGCGACUACCCUGCCUCGCCAACCUCCACCACCUCCCCUUUGCUCUGGGGUGGUCGCAAGGCUUCAUCCGGGUUUGGGCCCGCUUCCUUAGAGUCCCUGAAGAAACCGUCUCCUGUCGUCUCGCAGAGGAAGGUCAAUGCCCAUAGCUACUGUGGUAGACAUUCGGAUGAGUUCUUGUUUGGCGGCAAGGGGUUUGGAGAUCUCUGGCGGGCUGUUAUCAAGAAGUAAAACAAGCCUGAGGGUAGAGGGAAGAGAUUGAUUCAAUUUGGUUUUUGUUUGUGAGGACGGUUCUUGGUCGAGAAAACGGGCCGCUGCUGGGCAGUCGCUAAGGGAGGGACAAUCUGGGACCUGAAAUGGGCAGAAAUUGGACAAACAGGACGGGCAGUCUUGGUAACGGUCAUUGGCUUUUUGGCAUCAAGAAUGACAUCCUGUGCGAUGGAACAUCAGAGAGCAUCGUUUCUUUUAGAAAGCAUGGUGUAUCUCUCCAUUAGAGAGGGGAGGUUGACGUCGUAUCAAUGAGAGAUCUCUGUACUGUGCAG